AUGCCGGAGUGUGUGUCGGUGUCAGAGUUCGUGCAGGAGGUUCAGGAGGACUGGAGCUCCCCCACCACCUCCUCCUUCACCUCCAAGAUGAUCAGCUGCAGGAACACCGUCUACCUGCUGGAGGAGGCUCUGGACAGUGACCGGCUGGUGUUGCAGAAGAUGAAGAAAGCUGCUAAAGCCAAAUACACAUCAGGACAAGACCAUGUGUCUCACCUGGAGCAGUACAUUAACUCCAUGGAGAAGCUGUCGGUCAACUGUCACUCCAACGGAGAGACGGAGGUUGGCUCUGCCUUCUGCCGUCUGGCGGACUUCUCCAAAGACCUGGUGUCUCCAAUGAAGAACCUGUUAAAGAGCAUGCUCCACAACAUCAACUUCUUUCUGGACUCUGUGGUUAAGGGAGACCUGAGGGAAGUGAAGGGGGAUCUGAAGAAGCCUUUUGACAGAGCAUGGAGGGACUAUGAGAGCAGAUUUAAGCAGGUGGAAAAGGAGAAGAGGGAGCUGGCUCGUCAGUAUGGGAUGGUGAGGAGCGAGGUGAGUGGAGGAGAGAUCGCCGAGGAGCUCGAGAAGGAGAGGCGCUCCUUCCAACUGAGCAUGUGUGAGUAUCUGAUUAAGGUCAACGAGAUAAAGACAAAGAGAGGAGUCGACCUGCUGCAGAACCUCAUCAAACACUACCACAGCCACAACAAUUUCCUGCAGGAGUGUGUCUCCACCACUCAGAGGCUGAAGCAGUACAUGGAGGAGCUGAACGGAGUCCUGACCACGGUGAAGCAGCGUCAGGAAGAGGAGAAGAAACAGCUGUGCGCUCUCAGGGACCAGCUGAGGCCGGUCGUCCACACAGAGCAGGACUCUCUACCUAAGCAGGUGUACAACAUGCAUCAGCUGCUGGGAGACAAACAGUAUGGAACAGAGAGAACGGGAUUCCUCUACAAGAAGAGCGACGGGUUGAGGAAAAUGUGGCAGAAAAGGAAAUGUUCAGUUCACAACUGUUACCUGACCAUCGCACAUGCUACUCCUAAUAAACCACCAACCAGACUCAACCUGCUCACCUGUCAGGUUAAACCCAGUGUGGAGGACAAGAAAUGCUUCGACCUCAUUUCUCAUAAUCGGACCUACCACUUCCUGGCUGAAGAUGAAGCUGAGUGUGUGGCCUGGAUCUCGGUGCUCAGUAACAGUAAGCAGGAGGCUCUGAGCGUGGCUCUGGACGGGGGGAGGAGAGGGGGAGGAGGCGGGGAGAGCAGCGUGGAGGAUCUGACCCGGGCCAUCACCGAUGACAUCAGACGGAUGCCGGGAAACAACAGCUGCUGCGACUGUGGCGCGCCAGAUCCUGGAUGGCUCUCGACCAACCUGGGUAUCCUGACCUGUAUCGAGUGUUCAGGGAUCCACAGGGAGAUGGGGGUUCAUGUCUCCAGGAUCCAGUCUCUGAGUCUGGACAGUCUGGGGACCUCAGACCUGCUGUUGGCCAGGAAUGUUGGUAACUCUGGUUUUAAUGAAAUACUGGAGGCGAACCUGCUGAGUCCAUCACUGAAGCCCUCCCAAAACAGCCACAUGGCAGAGCGUAAAGACUUCAUCCUGUCCAAGUAUCAGGACGUCCACUUCGUCAGGCGGAUUCACAGCUCUGCUGCGACGCUGCGACUCGGCCUGCAGGAGGCGACCAAGAGCUGCGACAUCUACAGCCUGAUCCAGUUGUACGCUCAGAGGACCGAGCUGAGCCAGCCGCUGCAUACACACAUACAGGAGAAAGGGGAGACUGCGCUCCAUCUAGCCGUCCUAUUGGCUGACAGGACGUCGCUGCACAUCCUGGACUUCCUGGCUCAGAACUGCUCCAACGUCGACACGCAGACCUCGGCAGGGAACACAGCGCUGCACUACAGCUGUCUGCACAACAAGAGUGACUGUGUGAAACUGCUGCUGAGAGCCAGAGCCAACACACACAUCAAGAACGAAUUAGGAGAGACGGCUCUGGACAUGAGCCGCAGGUUGAAGCACAGCCACUGUGAGGCGCUGCUGCAGCAGGCCCAGUCCAACCAGUUUGACCAUCACGUCCACGUGGAGUACGAGUGGAGGCUCCGCCAUGAGGAUCUCUAUGACAGUGACGACGACUUUGACGACAAGAACGGUCCACUGAAGAAGGAGCGCACUUCCUCCUCCUUCACCACCUCCUUCUCCUUCACCUCCCGUCCCUUCAGCUUCAGCCAGUCCACGUCCUCCUCCAUCGCCCCGCCAUCCUCUGCAGCGGCAGGAGGAGCAGGAGGGGGUCUGCUCAGUGUGGGGAGAAGGCUCGCCAUGGCCAUGGAGCUCCACAGCCGGCCCUCUGGCUCUGCUCCAAGUCCCCCUCCACCUCCGCCGUCCUCUCCUGCACCCCCGCUGCCCCCCAGGGUCAAAGCUCCCACUGUCCCUCCUCCUCCCCCUCCUGCUGGGGGGGAGGGAGUGGGUGGGGAGUGGGAGGAAGAGGGGGAGGUCUUCUUCCCCCUGACAGGAAGCAGAAAGUCAACCCCUCCCCCUCCCGCUGCCGUCCGACACAAGAGGAGCUGUUCCGAGUCCAGCAAGCAUGAUUACGGGUUGCCAACCAGUCCCAGGCUCUUCAGUGGUCCAGACUCCUCCUUUAAGAAGUGUGUCCCAGCUUCUCCCCUCAGCUCGCUGACUGAAAGACCAGACAGAGGUUUUCGGAGGGCGGAUAGCGACGCCAGCUCCUCCCACCUCCUGUCCCCUGCCGAUAAAGCGCCGCCUAACGGGCCUCCCACCAAUCACCACCCUCAGAGCUCUGAGCGUGACAGCAGCGGCCACGUCCCCCAGCCUCUCCCCCGGAGAUCAUUGCCUCGAGGCACAGCGAAUCGGCGGGUCCAGGCUCUGUAUGACUGCCAGGCCGACCACCACGACGAGCUGAGCUUCUCUGAGGGGCAGGUGCUGGUGGUCCUGGGACAGGAGGACAGCGAUUGGUGGCAUGGUUACAUAGAGGACGAACCAGACCAGAGAGGUUUGUUUCCGUCUUCCUUCGUCCAGCUGCUCUCAGACUGACAUGAACCUGGGCCAACAGAGGACCCGACCGGACCCUGGACUGGCACAGAUCCAAAUCACAGCAGACCCCGGCGAACCGCACCAGAACCAAACGGGAUCAGUACCGAGCAGCAGAAGCUGAACCCCUGAUCGUCGAUGGACCAGGUCAGUGAUCUGGUUCUGAGCAGCCCCAGCAUCCUUUGAGUUCACGGGAUCACAGUCCAGCCAAUGCCGUCAGCUGAGUUGUCAUUUCAGUCUAUGCUUUCUUUUACCAUGGGAAUGUUACAGAUGACCUUCCAGUGAAGACUCUAGACCAGACUAGACCUUUAUGUAUGGCUCGGGUCAUGUGUUAAUGUUGCCGUGGAGACGGCCUCGCACAGACUAAUCAGUGAUGAUUCAGGUUAAUGUUGACAACACUUUUAUUUAUCCAUUUAUUUAUUUAAAAUGAGAAGCAAUAUUUUAUUAAGCACACAGAAAACGGCAGGACACUGAUACAACAAUCCACUGGACUUUUAUUCUGAAGUUCACCUGAACAACAUUUUCGGUUCUAAUUUAUUUAUCUUAACGUGUUUAAAGGUUAUUGAUCCUGUGGCGAUGCCACCAUACCAGUUGCUUCUGCCCCGUUUUAGACUUCUACUCUUUUGAGGGACGAAACAGGAGAGGGUGCGUCCUAUAAUGGACCAGAUCCGAUAAAGUACACUAAAGACCAAAGGACAAAAAUCAGAUGUCUACUCUGAAUUCAGGUAAAAAUCAGUCUUUCAAACCGGAUGCGACCUUGUUGACCCAUCAUCCUGGAUUUGGUCUGUAGACAUGGACUUCAGAGGGGUUGAACCCUGAAAUGAGACACAUCUGAUGCUUCCAGUUGCCUUCGAUGUCCCACGAUAUCACAACGCCUCAGUGAGUACGUACCACAGUGUAUUACUGCCACUAUUACAAAAAUGAAAUUACUCAGCUUCUUGUCAAAAGAUUGAAAAACCUGAAAGCAAUCUCUCAUUCGACGUUUCUUUCAUUUUAAAAACACAAACCGAUAGAAAUGUUUACUUUUACAUUUGCUGUAAUUGAAACCUUUGUUUCUUUCGUUUGCUUUCUGCGCUCGGGGGGGGCACGCAGCAGUGCAGUUAUUUAUGUCAUCGUAACUCGGCUUUGUCGAUAUCCAUAAAACUCACCAACUCCUGCUGUCACCGGAGACACGUCUGAACUAACCACGACCCCUCAAUUCGUGCGCGGACUCGUCUUUUCUGUCGAGCCACGACAUUCAGCCCACAAACGUCUUGGGCUUAUGGGAAAUGCUGUUAAUUAAAGGAAGCCAAAAAAAUAUAUAAAUACUGAAUAAACAACCAUAUUACAUGUUUUUUCAAAACAACUACCUUAUUUAUCUCAACAUUUGAACCAAGCUAUGUUACGUGCUGUUGAGAAAAGCUCUUUUCCAAGGCUGGAUUUUUACAAAUGUUAAAAAUGUCUGGAUUUCUUUUUUU